CCUAAUGAAAAGCCAAACUCUCGCCCAGAUGAAGACCUUUUAAGCCGGAUCAAGGCGGAAGCUGCACAUGAAUGGGACUUGGAAGAUGCAACCAUUGCUGAUUGGCUUGCUGAACAGCUGGGUUGUCAUGAGUUGGCUCGUCCACCCUUGCUCUCAGACUUCUUGAUCAAUCAAAUGUCAGCUGGCCUUCACUCAAUAUUAACUAAUUCAAUAGAAGAGCGGACAACAGCCAAUGGACUAAGUGAGUCGGCAGCUCGGAGGGAUGGUGCGACUGAAACGGAUCGUCUUUCGCCAACAGUCACGACCAGCACAACGGCUCCUACUUCUGUGCUUCCGACGAUGCCGGCCUAUCCCAAGUGUCAGCCCGCUUUUCAGGACUUUUUAGAUGGCCUUAAACGGGAAUGCGCCGUUGGGCAAAUUAGAAGGCUAGUUUGCUAG